CGCACACAUUGACAGUAGAAUGGCCUUACUGAAGAGCUCAGUGACUUUCAACGUAGCACCGUCGUAGAUGCCACCUUUCCAACAAGUUCGUCGAAUGUCUGCCCUGGUCAACUAAGUGCUGUUAUUGUGAAGUGGAAAUGUCGGAGCAACAACUGCUCAGCCGUGAAGUAGUAGGCCACACAAACUCACACAACGGGACGCCGUGAGUUGAAGCAUGUAGCGCGUACAAAUCGUCUGUCCUCAGUAGCAACAAACUACAGAGUUCCAAAAUGCCUCUGGAAGCAAGGUCAGCACAAUAACUGUUCGCCAGGAGCUUCAUGAAAUUGGUUUCCAUGGUUGAGCAGUCGCACACAAGUUUAAGAUUACAAUGCUCAAUGCCAAGUGUCGGCUGGAGUGUUGUAAAGGUUGCAGUUAAACCAUCUGGCAGUCUGACGGACUAAUUUGGGUUUGGCGGAUACAAGGAAAAUGCUACCUGAAGUUGUGGUAGAAUAAUGGUCUGGGCCUGUUUUUCAUGGUUCGGGCUAGGCCCCUUAGCUCCAGUGAAGGGAAAUCUUUACUAGACGAUUCUGUGCGUCCAACUUUGUGGCAACAGUUUGGGAGGCCUUCCUGUUUCAGCAUGACAGUGCCACUGUGCUCAAAGCGAGGUCCAUAAUGAAAUGGGUGUGGAAGAACUGGACUGGCCUGCACGGACCUCAUUCCCACCGAACACCUAUGGGAUGUAUUGGAACGCGGACUGCGAGCCAGGCCUAAUUGCCCAAAAUCAGUGCCCGACCUCACUAAUGCUCUUGGCUGAAUGGAAGCAAGUCCCCGCAGCAAUGCUCCAACAUCUAAUAGAAAGCAUUCCCAGAAGAAUAGAGGCUGUUAUAGCAGCAACGGGACCAACGCCAUAUUAAUGUCCAUGAUUUUGGAAUGAGGUUUGACGAGCAGGUGUCCACAUUGUCAUGUAGUGUAUAUUUCAGUGGGUUGGAAGUCAUGCUCUAAUAUUGAGAAAUGCAGAACAACCCCACUAUAUGAGAUCAGAAUAAUUGCAGCGUCCGAGGAUCACUGACGAAAGUGCUGCUCCGAACGUUCAGAUGUGUUUUGCGAUGACGCUUCUGGAGUAUUUUCGGUGAGCCGAAUCAUUUGGCUCCGUCACGUAAAAGAGCCGGCUCAUUUGGCCCCCAAACGGCUCUGUUAAAAAUGCUUGAAGCCUUAUUGGACACCUUGACGAGGAACGGCAGCUCUGCGGGGAAUGGCACGCACUGCAGACAGCGUACUACAGACAGCUCCUCGGAGAGCACCAAGGCCCGGGCUGGUGGGCAGGACCAGGAGGCCGGAGGGGGUGAGCCCAGCACCAAGGGCUUCACCAAGGACCAGGUGGAAGGAGUGCAGAGGAUAAAGCGGUGUAAGGACUACUAUGAAGUCCUGGGCACCAGCAAGGAGGCCAAUGAGGAGGAGCUGAAGAAAGCCUACAGGAAACUAGCACUCAAGUUCCACCCAGACAAAAACCAAGCCCCCGGAGCUACAGAGGCCUUCAAAAAGAUCGGCAACGCGUACGCCGUGCUUAGCAACCCAGACAAGAGAAAGCAGUAUGACCUCACGGGGGCAGAGGAGCCGACCAGCCCUGGCCACGCCCACAGCCAAGGGUUUGACUUCCACCGGGGCUUCGAGGCCGACAUCACUCCCGAGGACCUCUUCAACAUGUUCUUCGGAGGAGGAUUCCCCUCUUCGGCUGCCCACACGUUCACCAACGGCAGGGCGCGAUACAGCCAGCAGACGGACCAAAGACGGGAGAGAGCAGAGGAGAGGGGAGAGGGAGGGUUCUCCAUGUUUAUCCAGCUGAUACCCAUCGUUGUACUCAUCCUGGUGUCCAUCUUGAGCCAACUGAUGGUGUCUACCCCCCCCUACAGCCUCUACUCCAGACCGUCCACGGGGCAGACGGUGAAACGGCAGACGGAGAACCUGCAUGUGGAUUACUACGUCAACAGAGACUUCAAGACAGAGUACAAGGGCUCCAAUCUGCAGAAGAUUGAGAAGAACGUGGAGGAGGAUUACGUGUCUAAUGUCAGAAACAACUGCUGGAAGGAGAGGCAGACGAAAACAGACUUGCUGUAUGCUGCUAAGGUCUACAGAGACGACCGCCUGCGUAAGAAGGCUGAGCUGAUGACCAUGGAUAACUGCAAGGAGCUGGACAGACUAAAUGACCUGUUCAGAGGGGGCUGAGCCCGCCCGAUGACGCAGGCUCCCACAGGACGCUUUUAGAAGAGAUAUAUGAAUAGAUAUAAUAUGUAUGUAAAUGUUUUUUUUUUAAGGAAAACCAUGGAGAUUGAAAGGAGGAAAAAUACAAAUAAUUAGCCUUACCGUUGACGUUAUAAGUUGUCCCCAUCCCUCCCCCAGUAUCCAUCUUUCCAUCCUCCUCACCACCCCCUCCUCCCUGGGAACUGCCUUGCUGCAUCUCAAUGAACCAACUGAAGAAUAGACCAACCUCUCAAAACACUUGAGAACCACAACUUCUUUCUCUUCUCUUUGCUUGUCUUUUUGUGUUUUCUGGAAAUAAGAGCCCACUCUGGAAAUGAACACUGACUGGAAAAAGCAGAAGGCAUUGUGGUGGUGCCUCGAGUAUUGAAGCGCCAAGCAUUCUGCUGUAACAAGCAAAUCACUGUCUUCUUCACUCUAGAUAACUACUUCACCUGCUUGACUUAAACAAGAUUUUUAGGCUCAUCUGGAGAUGCUGCCCUCCUUCCAAUCCAUACAUUAGCAGUGCUAGUAUUGUGAGGAACCCAGAGAAUGCUUCCUAGCUACCACAGUGGAACCCACAGUGGAACCUUGUGUGGAGUUACAUGGACCUUGAAGUUCAUUCCGCAGAUGAAGAAAUGACCACUGUCUCACUUGAACUUUUUUUGGCCUGGGAAAAAAUGUGAAGUCGGAACCAUAAUCUUCAUCAAUUGUAUAUUUUUCAUUUUGAAUGUUUGAAAAUUUAUGGAGUUAUUUAAGUAGAAAAACAAGGUUUUUCUUCAUUGCUCGAUUAAUCAUUUGAAUAAACAAUAAAUUAUUACCAGAA